UCUUGAAUCAACUUGGAAGAUGAAUUGUGCCGUUUUAUUGUUUGUUUUGCUGUCCAGCAGCUUGAUUUUGGCCCAGGAUGAUGGUAACGCCAGUGUCACAGAAAAACCUGAUGAAACACGAACAUGUCAGCCUGACAUGUGUGAUCUCCUGAAGGCAUUCGGUGCCAUGAAAGAAAAGAUUGCAGUUAUGGAAAUCAGGCUGGAGGACAGCGAAAACCAGAUUCGGGACCUGAGGAACAAAGAAAGAACCAAGGUGAUAUUCAGUGCAGCAACAGGAGGAGGAUAUAACGACAUUGGACCCUUCAACAAAAACACAACUUUAAUCUACAGAACAGUGAUAACAAACAUCGGUGAUGCCUACAGUCCACACACAGGUGUUUUCGUUGCACCUGUGGCAGGUGUUUAUUACUUUACCAUCUUCUACCACGCUCAAGGACUCCUCCACUCAAGGCUGUGGCUCUUUAAGAACAAGCAACACAUGCUCACAACAAACGAUCACCAGACAAACGCUGACGGAGCUGAUAAUGGAGGAAACGCAGUGUUCAUGCAGCUGCAGCUAGGAGACCAGGUGUAUGUGCUCAUGGAUAAAGGCUCACAUGUUUGGGGAACCGACUACCACACAACCUUUAGUGGCUUUCUGGUUACUCAAAUGUGAGACCUGGUACACUCUAUGUUUAUUCAUAUGUGCUUGAAGAUGAAUUUAAAAAUCUGAGACGCUGUGUUAAGUUCUGCCUGUUAUAUGCAUUGUCUGUUUUCAAAAUACACUUCCUGUUUUCACAGGAAAUGCACAGCUUGCAUAGUCUCUCUAAAAAUAAACGCACUACAUCGGUACAUUACAGCCAAUUCACGUUUAUUGUUCUUCAGCAACAAACACACAUGGUUAUGUUUAGCUAACACAUGCAUGUGGUUCAGUGUAUGAUAAAAGAACAGGGUUUGGCUUUACAGUCUUACAGGAAGCCAACCCCGACCUCCAUUGUCAUCCUGCCAGGUCUCCCCCUGGCACCGCUGGGCCCUGUCAAAUUAUAACGGCAAUCAGCUGUGUAUCAUGCUGAUGUGAAAGGACAGCUUUUUUCGUCAGUGUCUGACACUGGAAGUCACUGGCCAAGCACCAGAUUUCAACGACUUUGGAGUGAGACCGGGUUGGGUAGUUACAUUAGUCUUCUUUAAUCGUUGCUUCUUUUGGUUCUUUACGCUGCAAAAUUGGCAGUUUGGUCGGAAAGUAAACAAAAAGCAGAUACAGCUGCCCCCAGCUCAAUGUUAGUUGUGGGUUUUUACAGAUUGCUCAUCAUGUUCUCAUCCCAUGUCAUCACAAAUUGCUGCAUAUUGUCAAUGGAAUUUCACAUCUACGUAUGACGUGCUAGGUAUCCUCCUGCGUCUGCUGUUGACAUUACAGGACACUGCAACAAAUGCCAGGACAUCAACAAGAGCACAUGGUUAGGUUUAGAAAAACCACCAUGGUUUGGCUCUAUGUUCAUAUGAGAAGUCAACGCCAGGUUCCUGGGUAAAAGUCUAGGGUUUGGUGGACCCAUCCACCAAACCCCCCACCUGCCCUUUACGGACUUUCCAGCUAGUUAUAUUAGGUCGUUACUGGCAGCAUUUCCAACCAGCGUGUCAUACUGCCAUGACAAGUACUGUCCAGCCAACUGACAGCGUAUCGUACCACCUGGAAAGGUGGCUUUUGGCAUUGGUGCUUGACGCCGAAAUCACUGACAAAGUAUUUGACAGCUUCGGAAUUAGAACAGUCAAGUCAAGAUUUAUUUCUAGAACACAUUUAAAAUGACGGCAGUCGACCAAAGUGCUGCACACAGGUGGGUACAGAGUUAAAACAACAAUAAUAAAAAUAGAAUAAAUGUAGAAAACAACGAUGAGAAAACAGAGCAAACAGUGCAAGCAUUAAAAUAGCAAGAAAACUUGAGAUCAUCGUGCUCAGGCUGAAUGAUACGGCAGGUGGAAGAGAGAGGUUUUUAGGGAGGAUUUAAAAGUCUCUAGGGACUGGGAAGAUCGAAUGGGAAGGGGGAGGCUGUUCCAGAGCCUGGGGGCAGCCGCUGCAAAGGCUCUGUCACCCAACAGUAGUUGGUCUGAAGACCUUAAGGUUCUGGUUGGGGUGUGGCGCAAAAGGAGCUCAGAGAGGUACAGAGGGACCAGACCAUUGAGGGCUUUAAAAACAAUUAAAAGAAGUUUAAAAUCAAUACAAAAAUGGACCAGGAGCCAGUGGAAGGAGGCUAAAACUGGUGUGAUGUGGUCGUGCUUUUUCUUGCCUGUGAGGAGGCGAGCAGCAGCGUUCUGGACGAGCUGUAGACAGUUGAGGGAGGACUGAUCCAGGCCAACAUAAAGGGAGUUACAAUAGUCUAAUCUGGUGGUUAUGAAGGAAUGGAUCACCCUUUCAAAGUCUGCAGCUGAGAAAUAGGGCUUGGUUUUGGCUAAAAGACGUAGCUGGAAAAAGCUAGUUUUGACAACACCACUGAUCUGUUUGUAAAAGUUGAACUGGCUGUCAAAAACCACCCCAAGAUUCAUUACAGAGGAACAAAUGUUGGGGUUCAGGGGGACCAGGAAAUCUACGGAGCUGCGUCGGGACAUGUGGCCUCCAAACAGGAUAACCUCUGUCUUGGACUCAUUGAGAUUGAAGAAAUUAGAGCUCAACCAAGAUUUGACAUCACUCAAACAAUCCAGUAGAGGUUGCAUUGCGUCCUUGCUUAAAGACCUUAGUGGCAGGUAAAUCUGGACGUCGUCAGCAAAACAAUGGAAUUAAAUCUUGUGCUGAAUUGCUUGUGUUUACACUGCUUAUAUCUCCUUUUUUUUUGUUUUGGACUGUGGCAGUUUUAUCACUUUCUUUUUAUCCCAUGGAGUUAAUAAAGUUAAAUUAC